UCCGGCCGGGCGGGCGCUCGAGCUGUGAAAUAACUUAGCAGUGUCACUUCGGAAGGCACGGCGAGAACCGACCAGAAGUGCGAAGGCUCACUCCUGCCGCUCGAAGACUGCUGCUCUUUCUGGUUUUCCGCGCAGACAGCUGGGUGCAUAUCCGAACGACAAGAUGUCCAGCAAUGUCCCGGCGGAUAUGAUAAAUUUGCGCCUCAUCUUGGUGAGUGGAAAAACAAAGGAAUUCCUGUUUUCUCCUAGUGAUUCUGCUUCUGACAUCGCCAAGCAUGUAUAUGACAAUUGGCCAAUGGACUGGGAAGAAGAGCAGGUCAGCAGUCCAAAUAUUCUACGACUUAUUUAUCAAGGACGAUUUCUACAUGGAAAUGUCACAUUAGGAGCAUUAAAACUUCCUUUUGGCAAAACAACAGUGAUGCAUUUGGUGGCCAGGGAGACAUUGCCAGAGCCAAACUCUCAAGGUCAAAGGAACCGUGAAAAGACUGGAGAGAGUAAUUGCUGUGUAAUCCUGUAAACACUGUCUGCUAGUGUGGUGUGAUAUAGUCUUUGUCUUUCAUGCUGCUGGGACACGAGAGACCCAACAUAGCUUCAGAAAUCUUUAGGAACAGUCUGCCUGCAAAUCCAUGGAACUGUAUUAUCACAUGGACACUCAUCUUUUCUCAUGAAAGUAAAAAAUACCAGGAGCAUUUUUCACUAUCAUUUAUUAUUCCUUGUAUUUUUGUUUAUGUUGAACAGUUUUAAAGUAUAUUGGUUUUUUAAUGCAGUCAGUCUCCAGGGGAAAAGUUAGCAAAUUAUCUUUCAUAGCAGAGACAGUUUUGCCGCCACAAAAAUUUUCAUCACCAGAACAAAUCAAAUAUCCCAAAUACAAUUUGCACUAAAAAAUAUUGACAUUAUUUUCCUCAUCAGCAGAAUUUAUAGCAGUUUAUGGUACCUAGAAAUACAAUGUACAGUACCACACUGGAAGACACUCAGCAAUUAAUAAAGUUAAUUACUGGGCCGACUUGAGAGGAACAAAUGGAAAAGAAACUAAAGCGUUGGUUGAGUUCUACCAACAUCAGUCAUGGUGGCCGUACUGGCACAGAAUAUUAAACUGAGUGUGACUAUUUUCACUGCAACAAAUGAAAAAAAAUGUGCCUGAUGUUUAAAGCACUCAGAGGAGGGCUGAUGAAACCAACUUCGUUCUUGUAACCCGUGCACUCUUGAGUCUUGCUGUUGCUGAGUGCUUGUUCAGACAGCACAAGGGAAGGGUGAAGAGUGCGUUUUUAGCCUUAAUGUGGGAGGGCGCCAUGUGUGCAGAGGCUUUCAUUUUCAUGCAGAAAUAGCAGAGCACCUCAUUGACCAGUUUUUACGUAUUUGAAUACCAGAUAAUUGGACGUAUCCAUAUUUACUGCUCAUCCAUAACUGUGUCCAAUGUUGUACUGACUCAUUGGAGAGUUCAGAUGAAUUCUUAAAAUUACAAAAAAAAAUAUCUCAGUACUAAUUUUGUUUCUUUAUAUAGUUUGCAUUUGGUAUUAGUGCUUGCAGUUGUAUGAAAAUCAAAUGCUGAUUUUUUUAAGGUAUUCAUGAUUAAGGAUGCCACUCUUAUUUUAUACCAAUAAUUUAAAGAUUGAUACGCUAAAAACAAUUUGCACAGCACUAAAGCAUGAACUAGUUUCAUCUAAAUCUGUAAAAAAAAUAAGAAAGAUUUUAUAUUUUUUUCACUAGGAAAAAAUCUUCCUGGAUGAAAUUACAAAUAUGUGUAGAAUAUAUUUAAUAAAAAACUUAUAAGAUACUUAACUAUAGAACUUACAUGUAGAUUGGCGUGUAGUAUAUAGAACAAUAUUCCAUAUAAAUAACUUUAGCCUUUUUAAAAAUGAAGUUGCAGGCUGACAUUAUGUUCUAUAUUUAAUAAGUGUUCAUGACCCUUAUAAGCAUUAAGUGUAAAUGGUUUCAAAUGGUUGGCUUUCUUUAAAUGCAAUCAGGUUAUUUUAUCCAUUGUUAAUGCUUUGAGGAAAAGGCUUUAUAUGCAGUAGAGCUACAAAAAUACUGUUCAUACUGAUCAGAAUUAAAUUUGUAUAGAGCAGAGUUUUAAAAUGAAUGUAAAUAGCACUAAACAUUUUCUUUCAGAUACCUGUACUUAUAGAUUCUUUCUGUAAACUAAAUAAAAAAGAUAUUGUAGUGCAUUUUGGUGAUGACUUUAAAGGUCUUGAUUAAUAUUGUUUAAGCACUGUCUCAUUCAUGUUAAAAAUGUUUUCCACUGUUAUUUCUGAUCUUUUAAAGUUCAUUUAAUUAAUAUUUUCUUCUUGGUUUGGGAGUAUUGCCAGUAUAUCUUUGAUAUUUAACCUGGUUAAUUUGUGCUUAGUCACAACAGUGAGUAGAAUUAUGUAGUCUCUGUUUUUGCUACAAUGUUAUUUCAAGAGAUGUUAAAUAUUUAUAUGCUUUGUGAACCAGUUCAAAUGUGAUUCUGUUACUGUUUACUAAAAAAGAACCUGGUAGUUACUGAAUCGGGCAACUAGCCUUUAUGGCUAUAUUCUUUGUUCAUAAAACAAAGCAUUGGUAAUUUUUUCUAGUACUUAUUUUGAUUCUGAUUACUCUUGAAUUUUUCCAGUUAAUGCUAUGAGUUAAUUUUGCAUUUCUGUCGUAGUUUAAAAGCUCCCUAUUGGUUUUCAGUAUAUUUUUCUGUGUGUUCUCAUAUAUUUCCCUUUCGUAAGACCAAGAGGAAUAAACUGAUUUUAGUAGACAAAGAAUUAUGUCACUCAGUGACUAAUAUGGUUGUAAAAGAUGAAAAAAUAAAAAUAACAGUAAAAUUAUAUGCUGAAAACACUAAAAAUUUAGAUGCCUUAAUAGUGUAUACAUGGAAGUACUGAACUGUCCCUUUAAAACACUUCUCGGACUGCCUGAUGAUUAAAAUACAAUUGAGCGUGUCCAAGGCUUCUAUCGAAGAGCCCUCUGCCAAAAGCAGCAGUUCACUUACCUAACAGUGAAAGAUGCACAGACCCGGUGAUGUAAAUAAAGCCUGAGUAUGCCCCUCCCAGCAGUUGGUAUCUAACUCUUCUCUUUUACCUAAAGUGUCCUAGACUUCAAGUGACCUGGACAAGGCAAAGCUUUUCUUUAUCAAAACCUCAGCAUGUCUCCCUGAUCUGAACUAUUUGCUUUCUCUUCAGGGUAAGUUGUAUCUUACCAUGAGAAAUACAGCAUCUAAAUUCAUCAUAUUAAAUGAGCUUUUCUCAUGACAAACAUUUGUCUUUAGUUUUAUGAAGUCAUUUUCAUCAAUGUUACAGUAAUUUAUGUUAGUUGUGGUAAACAAUGUUUAAUGUGAAAACAAAUUAAAACUUUCUUUAUCUGUUGUAGAA